AUGUACAAUAAUCGCAAUGAAGAAACGCCUACACAUUGUAGCUCCCCCGAGAAAGUAAGCGAAGAUGAAGGCUGUUCCCCAAGAGAUGAAAGCGAAACGCCUAAAUAUUCCAGUGAAGUGACGUGUUUUACUAAAGAGAAUAUAGAUUCUUUGGUUAGGGUCUCGGAAGUACCAGGCAAAGGAAGAUGUUUAUUUGUAAGGAAAGCAUUUGACCCUGGAGAACUGAUAUUCGCAGAAUCGCCGCUUUUUAUGAUCGACCCAACCUCAAAUCAAGAACUUUGGGACGAAUUAAAUAAACUGAACGAAGAAUCACCAUUUGUGUUACCCCCCUUGUGGCACAAGGCAGCUUUGUUUAGCAUUUUAGAAGGGAACGAAGAGUCAAACAGUAUUUUGGAGAAUAAGUGGGUGGAAAACCGAAACCAAGAGGUAUCCGCGGAUGUUUUGAGAGUUUUAAACUCGAUAUGUACAAUAGAAGAUGGAGAAUUUUACUAUGACGGAGUUGUAAUUAAACCUGAAGUAUACCAACUGUACCUCCAAGUCUGGCCUCUUAACGCUUUUGGAAGAACAUCAGAACCAGAUGGACUAGUUAUAUAUGACAAAAUAUCCUAUGUCGCCCAUAGCUGUAACCCCUCAUGCUGUUGGCAUCACACAGAAAAUGAUGAAUUUGUUUUGAGAGCGAGAAAGAAACUAGUGCCUGGAGAUGAAAUUACGAUCUCCUAUUUAGGAGAAACAGACCUUUUGUCACCUACAUUCAGGAGAAGAACGCUUCUUCAAAAUUGGCACUUUUUUUGCACAUGUGAAAGGUGUUCUAUACCAAUUGACAACUGUAGAGGAUUUUUGUGUAAAUGCUGCCACUAUGGAACGAUUUUUUUAAACUACGACUCAUUUUUUUCAAGCCAUAGUAGCAUGCAGUGCGAACUGUGUGGAUAUCAAUUUACAGAGUCUGAAAUGAACGAAUACAUUGAAUUGGAAAGAGCAUACGUUUAUAGAAUUGAUGGAAUAGAUAAAAGUAAUCUUAUGGAUAUACUUCAGGUGUACGAUCACGCAAAAAAUGUGUUCAAACAGCACUGGGCACUGUAUCAAUUACAAACCCUAUUGUAUGACAUUUAUAAAGAAAAGAGCAAUUUCGAGCAAGCGAAGAUAUAUCUUAUGCAGAGAAUUCAUUAUGUAGACAAGGUCAUCUUGGGACCACUGUACUGUGUAGCAUUUAUGCACGAAGAAAUGGCAGAUAUCCUCACCUAUAUUUGUGAUUUGGACCAAAAUCUUUCAAAAAUAGGCAAUCCAAACUCAGAUAUAGGAGCACUAAAUAUGAUCAUGGGAUACUACUUCAACUCAGCCGCAUUAUUAUCAAUUUUGUGCGGAUACAAGCACUCUUAUUACCAUUCAGUCAUAUCAAAACGAUAUAGAAUAGAAGAACUUGCGAUUUCACUCAUCAAGCUUCCUCAAGAGGUAGAAUCACCUGAUGAAGCAUGA